UGGAAGACUACAACUCCCAGAGGCCUUUGCGGCCCUAAAGUGGGCCUCCUGGCCACGUACUUGUCCAUGAUGCCUGGUGGGUGGGGCUGGAGCCCUGGAGCCCAGUUUGCAGCUGUGGUUGCUGGGGGACUAGCAGUCUGGUCUGGGACUGGGUAACUGCCCCCAGGCAAGGGGGUGCUGAGAAAGAGGAGGAGGGGAGCGAGGGCGCUGGAGAGUCGGAUUGCUGGUGGGAGGAGGGGGCGGGAGAGUGGGAUUGGUGGGGGGAGGGGACUCGGGGGGAGGAGAGUGGGAUUAGUGAGGGGAGGGGACAAGGCUCUGGGAGAGGGGGCAGGAGAGUGGAAUUGGUGGGGAGACGGGGCAGGAGAGUGGGAUUGGUGGGGGGAGGGGACUCUGGGGGAGGGGGCAGGAGAGUGGGAUUAGUGAGGGGAGGGGCCGCUCUGGGGGAGGGGGCAGGAGAGCGGGAUUGGUGGGAGGGGAUUCCGGGAACAGGGUAACUGCCUGGGGCCAUUCUAGGGAGUCUGAGGCUGUAGAGAGCGCAGGAGCAGAGUAGGAGUGACUAGCAUGGAUCCAAGGGGGGCAGAAUCUCAGCAGCCCCUCCCCAGGGCUCCUGGGAGAGGGAGUCGGAAGUCUGGGAGUCGAAAGAGGCACCAGGACCAGAACCCAGAUGUCCGUCUGUCCAAAGCCUUGUCCUAUGUUUUGCGUCAUGGAGCAGCCCAGCUGGGGCUGGAGAUGGGUGCUGAUGGGUUCGUAGACGUGGCUGCCCUGCUGAGCCUGCCCCGCUUUGGGGGUGUCUCUGUGGCCGAUGUGCGACACGUUGUGGAGACUAAUGAGAAGUGCCGCUUUGCCCUGCGCCCCCACCCUAGUGACGGGCACUUGCAGAUCCGCGCCAACCAGGGGCACUCACUGCAGCAGGUAUCAGAGCUAGAGCUGAUCCCACUGCUGGAGCCCACAGCCCUACCCCAGACCAUGGCCCAUGGCACUUACUUACGGCACUGGCCAGCCAUCUGCCGAGGGGGCCUUUCCCGCAUGGGGCGCAACCAUAUCCACCUAGCACCUGGGCUGCCUGGAGAUGGACAUGUCCUCAGCGGGAUGAGGCAGGACUGUGAUGUUGCUAUAGUGAUUGAUGGGCCCCAGGCACUGGCAGAUGGGAUCCAGUUCUAUCGCUCAGCUAAUGGUGUCAUCCUCACACCAGGUGAUGCUGAAGGUCUCCUGCCUCCCCGGUACUUCCAGAGAGUCCUGCAGUUCCGGCCUGACCGGCGUCUGCUACCCCUCGAGUGAUCCACACAGGGCCGAGCCAGCUCCAGGGCCAUGACAUGGAGGAGAAUCAGGGCGGGAGAGAGCAGUGUAAAAUAACAUCCCUAUUGUUCCA